AUGGCGGCGCUCUGCACUCUGAUGGACCAAUUCCAAGAACCUCAACUUGUUGAGACGGGGGGUGCACCUAUAGUCUCUACAAUAUCUGCCCAAGCAAUCGUCGUCGUCGUCGUCGUCAUAAUCAUCAUCAUCAUGAAGCUCUCCGUUGUCCUUUCGACCUGCAUCCUGGCAAUCAUGCCAACGAGCACUCUCGCCUGGAGGUUCAUCAGAGGUGGGAGAGACGUGCUAACAGGAACGGAUUCUACUCAAUGCCAGCCAGUUCCCACCGCAGAGUUGUUUGACAUCGGCACGUGUCGCCAGGCGUUGUUUUUCGGAGGACCAGGGUGCACGGGACAGCCUAUCGCGGUGCCACCAAGGCCGGGGCCCCAACGGUUCCCCCCAGGUUCGACCGGUGUGCGGAUUACCUGCCCGCCUUCCUAG